AUGCAUGGGCGCUCGACAGAUGACCUGGAGUCUGCUGACUCUCAACAGUCUCAACACGAGACACAGUCCUUCGCACAGGUGGAGUCUUCGGGGCCAUCCUUUGUAGACGCAGGCGAGUCCCAGUGCAACUCCGUGCUCGCCGAAAGCCGCAGCGGUUCCGUGAUCGACAGGACAGAGCCCGAGUCCACUGGGACGCUGCCCUGUGGACCGGACGCAUCGCAGGAGAAUCACGAAGGCUCCGAUUCACUGCCCUCACCGUCGCAUUUGCCAUCGCGGCUUCCGCCCUCGAUUGAAAAGGAGAUAAACGAGCUUCUGGAAAAGCAGGGUGCUGCCGACAUCUCAUCGCAAGACAGCAUCGAGCAGCCGCUGAGCAAUGAGGUGCAUACAUCGCAGCGCAUGCCUUUUGCCGCACCAAAGCGACCCGACAUGGUGUAUUUCCUCACACUGCAGGAGCAGCGACUGGCACUGGCGGCCCUGGCGGCUGAGGAGCAGCCGCCAGGGCCGCGUGAGCCGCGUGAGCCGAGCCCGGCCAGCCCCAGACCGUCCAGACGGCCGCGAGCGGAGCCUCGUUACGAGCUGGAUGCGCACUGCUGCCUCCAAGAAGCCAGAAUUGCCUCGGAGGUGGCCUGGCAGUUCCAGAAGGGUGGAAGCAGCCCAUCAGCCACCACACGAGAGUCGAAACAUGCGCGCAACUUGCCCAGUGUGCCGCCCCUGCAGUGGCACGAGGCUCGCUCUUGGAGCCCGCUAAGAGGUUUGAAAACACCUGGAGGCACGGCCUCGACCUGGAUGGGCUCAGAGCCACCGGGCACCGCCGGGACGGCCUCGAGCGCUGCCAGUGCCUCUGAGGAGGCGGCCGUGUCACCGCGUUUGGGCAGCAAGAAAGGCGUAGCUCGGCCUCGCUCGGGAGUUCGGCCAGUUCUCAUCUUCCCCAUAAAAAAGGACAGGGACGGCCCGGAGCUGCGAUUGCCGGAGAACCGACCGAGACAAGAUGCCUUCACACAGCGACAAAGAAGAACGAACUCGCCAAAGCAAGGCCGUGCUGGCCGAAGAGUUCGAUGGCUGCCUCCGCUGCGCCAACUCUCAGCACCCCAGUCCAGCGUGCUGCCAGACUCGCCGCGGCGUCGUGCUCGGUGCGUCGCCGGCGUGGCCCAGGUUGAUGCUUGA